GUGUAUGUGGAAGGUGGGCGCGCGCAACCUACAACAUCUUCUUUCAAAAUUUCCCACCUGUUCAAUUUCCUCUUUUUUUUUCUUAUUUCUUCGCUUUCAACGUUCUUUUUUCCCUUUCCAUAUCCCUUUCCACAUAAAAUCUUAUUGCCAACAACAGCACGCAUUUCAAAAAUGACCCGAAGCAAGAAGGAUCCCCAAGUUACUGCACGACAUGACAAGCACAUAGCACGAAACGGUUUGACUGACAUCCGUAGCCCACUCAAAAAGUCCGGCGCAGGUUUCGCUAACUGGGGCUGCUUGGGUGAAGAGCUUGUCGACGUAAAAGAUGAUUUCCGUGAACAGGCUGUAGCCGAUGUCCGCAGGGAUACCAAGCUCCAGCUUGUAGACUCUGAGGUUUUUGAACACAUGCACCGCCGUGGGGAGCAACAAGUGACAGACAACCAAACCAAUGGUCUUCAAAAUGGCCACUAACAAAGCAGAUUGUACAUACUGACAUCCAUCUUAUCUCCUUUAUACCUGCUCACUCCUUUUUACUCGCCCCAUCCGGGAUAUCUAUCCAGGAAUCCAAAAAUGACCACUAUUGUGAUAAGCUGUAAAUACUUUUCUCCACGUUUAUAGUCUCAAACCCAAACUACUCGCUCUAGUAUCCAAUCUUCAUAUUACCCCAGCUUCCAGUUUAGUUAAUCUGUAUGUAUACUUCAUGUAUGAUGACCCUUUGAAUAAAAGAACAGAAUUUCGCACGCAGAAUAAUAAAAAGGUCGAUUGUUUCGGCAUUACAAAAGAC